AUGGCCAUGGCAAUGGCAGGACCUUCUCUGCUCAUUAUCCUGGGAUGCCUGCUGUUUUCCGUUCUCCCUUCACAAUCUCUCCAUCUGCAGAAUGUGUCACAGCAUGCUGUCUCUAAUGGAUACUACUAUGGGAACCCUACUAAACCCCAAUCACUUCUCAAUGAGAUCGACAGUUGCUAGCGUGCUGACCCUAAUUGGGCUAUCCUCCGUCGAGCCCUUGCUGACUGCAGCAUAGGCUUCGGUAGUGGCACAUUUGGAGGCCGCAAUGGCCGUAUAUAUACUGUGACCAACCCCUCUGAUGACCCUGUCAACCCCAAGCCCGGCACGCUGCGCUACGGUGUCAUCCAAACUGAACCUUUGUGGAUAAUAUUUGGUCAUGACAUGGUCAUCACACUUGAGAAUGAGCUCAUCGUGAACAGUAAUAAGACCAUUGAUGGGCGUGGAGCAAGCGUCGACAUUGCAUAUGGUCCCUGCAUCACCAUCCAAGGUGUUAGCCAUGUGAUCAUCCUUGGCUUUAGGUUGCAUCACUGUAAACCUGGCACCCAAGGGCUCGUGCGUAGCACUCCAACGCAUGUGGGUCACAGAGGUGGCUCCGACGGUGAUGCAAUAGCCGUGUUUGCUUCAUCCCAUGUUUGGAUCGAUCACUGCUCUCUUUCUCACGCAUACGAUGGCCUCAUCGACGUUAUCCAUGCUUCCACUUCCAUCACCAUAUCAAAUUGCUACUUCUCCGAUCAUGACAAGGUGAUGCUAUUCGGUCAUGAUGAUUCUUUCAAGGCCGAUAAAUAGAUGAAAGUAACGGUCGUAUUCAAUCGCUUGGGCGCUAAUUUGGUGCAAAGGAUGCCCAGGGUGAGACUUGGUUACGUGCAUGUUGCAAACAACAUGUAUGAAACAUGGGAGAUGUACGCAAUUGGAGGGAGUGCAAACCCUACCAUUCUAAGCGAGGGGAAUUACUUCAUUGCUCCCAACAAUGUUGACCUCAAACAAGUGACCAAGAGAGAAAGCAGUGGUUGGAAGAGUUGGAAAUGGAGGUCUUAUAACGAUGUAUUCAUGAAUGGUGCAUAUUUUGUGCAGUCAGGAUGGGGAAGCAUUGCACCAGGUUAUGGGCGUUCACAGACAUUCACAGCUGCCCAUGGCAUGUUGGUGCCGUCUCUCACGACCAGUGCAGGUCCUCUUCUUUGUUUUCCUCGAUUACCUUGUCGCUAG